UCGUGGGAUCUGAAGGGCUUACUUCAGAGGAGAACAGAUCUUCAGCACCGAUACCAGAGCAAAGCCUGUCGCAACAAAUGGAAUUGUUUUUAACACGGAUGUUGGCAUUACAACAGCCGCAACGUGCUAGCAGCGUGUCCAUCCAGCUGGUUGAGUUUAACCCUGACGACGAGGAAGCGGACAUUGAAGGUUGGUGCAACGUAACGGAUAUCAUAAUCAAAGACCGUAAUUUGGAAGGCGCAGACCUGUUAGUGUUACUAACAAGGGCACUAAAAGGUCGAGCUACUACUUGCUUAACACGACUGCAAGCAUCGCAACUGACAUGGCCGCAAAUAAAGGAACUGUUGCUCGCAAAGUUCGCCAAACCCAUGAUGCCACAAGAUUAUUUUGAUCAAAUUUUACGUUUUCAAGUUGGCCCAAAGGAAACUGCGACAGAGGCUGCUAUACGCCUUUGGAACAUCAUCGGACGAAUUCCGCGGAUGGAAAUGCCUGAAGAUAUUAUUACAGGAUUCGUAACAUCAGUUUUAUGUCAAAAGGACGCACUAAUUCGUCGAGAGCUCCAAUCUUAUAGCCCCACUACUAGAUCUCAACUUCUGCGAAUCCUAAAUGGAAUUUCACUAAAACGAAAGCACGAAGGCAAUGAUAUUGAUCCAGAUGCGAAGAAGAACCGAUUCAACGAUGUGCGCUUUACGGGAACAUGUCACCGCUGUGGUACUUCAGGUCACAAGGCUGUUGAUUGUCGCAGACGGAAAGAAGAGCCUACUCCUUCGGAUAAGACACGCAAUACAGUGUCCCGAGGCGCUGACAAACCAAUCACCUGCUUCGUGUGUGGUCGACCAGGGCACAUAGCGUCGGCGUGUCCAGAUCGAGCGGGACGCAACGGAGCGGCGGCGGUCAAAGAGGUUCAUGUUUGUGAACGCAAGGCAUCGAGAAGCACACUGACUACAUCAUCUGGUGAGCUAGUUUCCUUUCUCUUUGAUAGUGGAUCUGCUUGUUCAUUAGUAUCCAAAAGCUACGCCGAUAAGUUCCCUGGUACUGCACAGCGUGAAUUAGUUUAUCUGACGGGCAUUGGUAACGGUGAGGUGGAAUGUGUUUCUCAGGUUGUUAGUUCCGUUAAUGUCCAAGGCCUUUUGCUCUCAGUUUUGUUUCACAUAGUACCCGACGGCACUAUCAUUGAACCAGUAAUAAUAGGUAGGGAUAUAUUAGAAGACAACGUGCACGUGCAGAUAGGUAACGAACAAAUUACUUUUUCUCGAUACAAAAAUGUUAGUUUAGCCGAGUCUAGCGGUUUUAAUUUUACGAAUAUUGAUACAGAUCUACAAGGCGAUGACAAAUUGGCUUUGGUUAGGAUUUUAGAGAAAUAUAGUGAGUUUUUCAUCGACAAUAUACCAACGCGACGAGUUACAACGGGCGUUCUCCGAAUAGUCCCCAUUGACCCAGAUAAAACGAGGUGUAUUAACACAGCUCUCGGGCCCUUAAAAGACAAGGUAGCGCUAGCGUAUAUGGACGAUGUCAUGUGUUAUUCGAAUGACGUCACUACUGGGUUAGAACGUUUAGACCGAACUUUGAAAGCUUUAUCCGAUGCAGGUUUUUCAUUAAACAUCAAGAAAUGUAAGUUCAUGAAAAACAAAAUAGAUUACCUCGGCUAUGUCAUAAAAGCAGGAGAAGUAACACCAAACCCUAAAAAAAUACAAGCUUUGAUUGAUGCUCCGACUCCAAAAACAGCUACACAAGUUAGGCAGUUUUUAGGCCUGGCGUCUUAUUUCAGGAGGUUUAUACCAAAUUUCACUCGUUUAGUAGGACCUCUUUAUCCGCUAACGAAACUAAAAGGGCCUAUCAAAUGGACAGAAUCCCACAACGACAUUCACAAAAAGAUCGUUGAUAUACUUACCUCAGAGCCGGUGUUAACAAUAUUUGACCCGGACUCCCCCAUUGAGCUUCACACUGAUGCGAGCUCCGGAGGCUACGGGGCUAUACUUAUCCAAAGAAAAAAUAAUGCUCCUCAUGUUGUGUCUUACUUCAGUCGUCGGACGUCUGAUACAGAAUCGAGGUAUCAUUCAUACGAGUUGGAGACCCUUGCGGUAGUUCGCGCGGUUGAGAACUUUAGGCACUACUUGUAUGGCCAGCGUUUCACAGUAUUCACCGACUGUAACUCCUUAAAAUCAUCUAAGACAAAAACCGAUCUAACUCCACGCGUACACAGAUGGUGGGCUUUCUUGCAGGCGUACGAUUUUGACAUAGUCCAUAAACAGGGCAUUAGUAUGGGCCAUGCCGAUUAUUUAUCUAGAAAUCCUAUCUCAGAACCCAUAUCUAGUGUGCAAGAAUUGGAUGAUCUGAAUGAAUCAAAGAAAAGGAAUAAGGAAGUUCACUUUGUAGAGUUACAUCAGGGUUGGUUAGCUGUAGAACAAAAGCGCGAUAGCGAAAUAUGUGACCUUAUCAGUAAAUGUGAAAACAAUGAGUUGCCCGAAGCGAUUGCACACACUUAUGACGUGCGGAAAGGUGUACUCUACAGGAAAAUAGAACGCAAUAGAACUAGCUUGUGGUUACCAAUUGUUCCCAGAUCUCUUACAUGGACACUUAUAAAUCAUGUCCAUUCAGAGAUAAUGCAUCUUGGGGCCGAUAAAACACUUAACAAAAUAUACGAACAGUACUGGUUCCCACAAAUGGCCAAGCAGGUGCGUAAGUUUGUAGACUCAUGCAUAGUAUGCAAAGCUUCCAAGGGAUGUUCAGGAGCGCAGCAAAUUAGGCUCCAUCCAAUACCCAAAGUGUCCACGCCUUGGCAUACAGUACAUAUAGACAUUACGGGCAAACUAAGUGGUAAGAGCGAUAAGAAAGAAUACGUAUCUGUAAUUAUAGAUGCUUUCACCAAAUAUGUCCUCCUAGAAUAUACACCGUCCCUCGAUGCCGCAAGCGCAAUUCAAUGCCUCAAAAAAGCAGUUUGUCUAUUUGGUUCUCCAAAGCGUAUAAUAGCAGACCAAGGAAGAUGCUAUAUUAGUGCAGAUUUCAAACGGUUUUGUGGCGAACACGGUAUAGACCUUCACCUUAUCUCCACAGGCGCCAGUAGAGCGAACGGUCAAGUUGAACGCAUAAUGCGUACCUUGAAAUGUCUGCUUACAAUAGUAGAAAAUGACCCAAACAAAACGUGGCGAGAUGAACUCCCCGGAGUUCAACUUGCGUUGAAUAGCACCAGGUCCAGAGUAACGGGAUACUCUCCCACGGAGCUAAUGUUCGGCAUACAAGCGCAAUCAUUAGGAAUAUCAACUUUGUCCACACAUGCGGAACCUGAGCCCCGUUUAGAUUUAGACAUUAUACGACAUAAGGCUUCGGAAAAUAUCAAAAAGGCAGCUUCGUCAGAAGAAAAGCGCUUUAAUCAGGGUAGAGCAAAAGUGAAACCAUUCAAUGCAGGCGACUUUGUCUUUAUCAAAGGUAGUGAGCGUAACCAAACUAAACUACAGCGUAAGUUUAAGGGUCCUUUUAUUAUAGUUAGGGUAUUAGAUCACGAUAGGUAUGAGCUGCGAGACAUUGACGGAUCAAAACGAACAUACAAAUACGCUCAUGAAAAGUUACGUGCAGUGCCCGGCGGCUAUGGUGGUUUGGUUGAAGUAGCUACUUUCUUAAUUCAUAAUGAAGAAGAGGCCGAGACGGCGGCAGUCCAUUGUCAUGAGAAUGGAAUGGCAACAACGGAUGAUGAUAGUGAUACAGUGUCGGUAUCUAGUUUACACACGUUGACCGCCAGCUCUGACACCCUCUCUGCCUCUGAACAUGAAGAAUAA